AUGUCGCAAGAAGCUCGAGAGGUCUCUAAUUUGGUCGGUAGCAUUCAGAAAACAUGUGAUUUUGGAAUAACUUCACAGCAUUGGCAGCUCAAAGACAUGAUCAAGAUCAAAGGGGAAUCCUUGGUGUUUCCCAGAGCAUGUAAUGUAGUUUCCUAUAGUCCUCGUGAAAACACAACCAAGACGAUAUAUGAGGGGGUAGACUUCUUUCCUACAUCCAUAUGCCUGAAGGACGACUUUCUAGCCGUAGGAGGGUCUAGAGGCCAUCUCAAAAUCAAGAACCUUGCUACCAACGAGGUUCUUUCUCAAGUUGUGAGCUCGUCGAUCAAUAACAAUAUAUGCAUGAAUAACAAUAGAAUCUUCAUAUGCAACAAUGAUCGAACUCUAAAGAUAUUUACAAUGGAGCUUCAGAAUAGCGGAUGCAUAAAUCACGUUGCACAGGUCAACAGUUGUGGAAUUAGUCCGGAUGGCAAGUUCUUAGUUGUUGUGGGAGAUUCAAACGAUGUGUUUCUGUACUCCAUAGACAACGACAGCUAUAAGCUUGUUAAAAAGUUGAAGAGCACUGAGGAUGGAGGAUUCAGCGUGUCAUGGAAUAGCAUGUCUUCUACAUUUGCAGUUGGAACCCAGGAUGGGUAUGUGUGUAUAUGGGACAUAAGAAGCGACGGCAUGCUUCAUAGGUUUGAGAGUAAGCAGAAGGAUAGCCAUCGAGGAGCUGUUCGGAAUGUGAAGUUUUCUUUGAAGAACUCCCUGGACCUGUUAUUUUUUACAGAGCAUUUCUCGUUUCUGACGGUCUGUGACAUGAGAGACUUCAGGAGAUGCCAAAGAGUUAAGGUAUUUCCAGAUAAGCAGAUAACUGGAGCUAUAUUUUCCGAAAUGAAUGAUAGGAUAUUUGUUAGUACCGAAGAUCAAAUAAUUGAUAUGAAUAUCAACUCAAAGUCAAGACGCAUGUUUGCAGGAUUGUGA